AUGUCCUCCCUUCAAAGAGUGUAUGUGACUCGCCAAAUACCACCUGAUGGUCUCAAGAUACUUCAAGAAUCUGGACGAGUUCAGUUUGAGUUGUGGGACUCAGACGAUGUCCCAAUCCCCAGGGCCGAGUUACUCCAGAAGGUCAACGGAGUUGAUGCCUUGCUCUGUGUGCUUACAGAGAAAAUAGAUGCAGAGCUUUUAGAUGCUGCUGGCCCAAACUUGAAAGUUCUCAGCACAAUGUCUGUAGGAUUUGAUCAUCUUAACUUGGAAGAGCUUAAAAAAAGAGGAAUUCGUGUGGGUUAUACACCUGAUGUAUUGACGGAUUCAGUAGCUGAGUUAACUGUUGCAUUGUUGCUGGCAACAUCCAGGAGGUUGAUAGAAGCAACACAUGAAGCUAAGACAGGGGGCUGGGGCACAUGGAGGACACUGUGGUUAUGUGGACAUGAGCUGGCCAACAGUACAGUGGGUAUAUUUGGUCUGGGACGAAUUGGUAUUGCUAUUGCUGAGCGCUUAGCCCCAUUCAAGGUUAAAAGAUUCAUCUACACAGAUGUGGUCCAGCGGCCGGAGUUGGCCAGUCAAAUCAAUGCAGAGUUUGUGUCAAUGGAUGAACUGGCAAAACAAUCUGAUUUUCUCGCUAUGUGUUGUGCUUUGACUCCGGAGACAAAGGAGAUCUGCAACAAGGACCUAUUUUCUAAAAUGAAGAACACAUCCAUCUUCAUCAACACAAGCAGAGGUGGUGUGGUGAACCAAGAAGACCUUUAUGAGGCUCUGUCCAGUGGGCAGAUUGCAGGAGCUGGCCUUGAUGUAACUGUGCCAGAGCCAUUACCAACUAGUCACCCAUUGUUUACCCUGAAGAACUGUGUGAUUCUUCCUCACAUUGCCAGUGCAUCCUACACUACACGCAACGUUAUGUCAUCCUUGGCUGCGAACAACCUGCUUCUGGGUUUACGUGGUGAACCCAUGAUCAAAGAGCUGAACUUGUGA